AUGAGUUUUGCAUCUGAUUAAGGUUCAGAAGAAUCUGAUAGUGAUGAUUCAAUAUUUCAAAUGAAUAAUAUUUAAUAACGUAAGAAUUUAUCUGAAAUUGAUGUUAUUAUUGCAAUAUUAAGUAUCGAACCAAAGAAUAGGUCAUAUUAAUAAUUAGAAUUACUAUGUGAAAAAUUUGAAUAGAAUGUUCAUUACUUUUAAUAAAUAAGAAGUAAACUCAAUCCCAACAUUUUAAUUAAAUUGAUGUCAACCAUUACAAUUGAAAGAUUUAAAGCAUUCAGUGUGGUAUUUAAUUAAAGUGAAACUGGAAGAAAAAUGUAUAUCGUAUUAUAAGGAGAAGCUGCUAUAUUAAUUAAAAGCAAUGAUCAUUUUGAGAGUCAUAAAAAGGAAGAUAAUAAGAAGGAAGAAAAUAAACGAAGAAGUACAAUGAAAUAUCAAAUAUUAUAAUAGGAGCAACUAAGACUUUCGAUGAGUUAAUUUUACAUCGUUAUCAAAAUUUCAGAAUAGUUGCUUAUAAAAAAUAGUAUGAUUAUUUUGGAGAGAUAGCAAUAGAACAAAGAAUUCCUAGGACUGCUACUGUUAUUACAAAAGAACCUUGUAUAUUUGCUAUAUUAACUUUUGACGCAUAUCAAACAUUAUUGAGUGAACUAAAGGCUGAUAAUUUAUAGUUAAGAUAAGUUGUGAUUGCUAAAAUGUAUCCAUUUCAUUUAUUAAAUGAACAAUAAUUGUAAUCUAUUUUACACAAUCAAGAAGAAUUAAAUAUUUAAGCUGGAUCUAUAUUGUAUAAAGAUUUAUAAACUGCAGAUUCAGUUUAUCUUAUAAUUAAAGGAGAAGUAUAAGUUUCACUUAAAGAAUUCAUAGAUAAUGCAGCUUCUAAAGUUUAAGAAUAAAAGUAUUUUCUUAAUUUUUAAAAGUAAUAACGGAUUAAAAAUAUUGGUCUAUUUAGUGUAGGUUAAAUUAUUGGAGAUUAUGAGAUAUUCUUAUUUAAGAUUUAUAAACGUAAAUUUAUAAGAAGAACAACAGCAAUUGUUAAAAGUGAUUCAAAAAUUAUUAAAAUACCUAUCUAAUAAUUUGUUGAUGUUAUUGAAUAUGGUUUAUCAUCUAAAUGGCUUAUCAAGUAUUUGAAUGAUAAAUAUGAAUCUAAACAAAAAUUACCUAUUUUAUAAAUUUAAGAUGAAACAGAAAAAUAAAGAUAAAAUAAUUUUGUUUCUCCACAAUUAAAAAAAAUGAUUUUGAGAAUUAAAUAAUAUCAUGAUCAUAAUAAAAUAUCUAGUGAAAGAUUUUCUAAAGUUAAUUAUUAAUACGAUCAAGAUUAGAACACAAAUGAUCAACCAUUUACAACGCUUAAAAAUGAAAUUAAUUUCUAAGAUAAAUCUGUUUUAAAAUACUUAGCUAAAGAUUAAAUUUUACCUAAAAAAUCAAUCAAUACACUAUCAUAAUUUAGUGUUGAAAAAUUUGCAUCAUCUUUAAAAUCUCGUAUCUAAUUUUCUAAAUUAAUGACUUAAAUUGAUGAUGACAUGACUUGUUAUAGGUUCUAUUCUUCACCUAUAAAAUAAAAGCCUAAAUAAAUAUUUUUAAGAAAAGUUUGUUCUUAGAUACAAUCUCCAUAAUUAAUGUAAUCCUCAUAAUUAUUGAAUUGA